GGGAAACAAGCCUCGAUCCCAGCCGCCAUGCCUCCCGCACGCUCGCUCACGCGUCGCAGACGUUCCUCUCUUGCCAUGGGCUUGCUCCAAGUCAAGCCAGGAAACUACGGGAUCGCCCACACCCUCUCGCCACGGGCACUCACCUUCGCCCCGAACGUUACGCCUGGUACGUACGUCGAGGCCGAGGAGGACUUGAGCGGCGACUCGCCCCACUCUCCCUCCGCCGCCAUCUUCCCGCCCACCGCCCCGCAGACGGCUGCACCGUCUCGCCGCCGCUGCCCGCCUGGGAAGCGUCUCUCGCAAGGUUACAUCCCCCGCCCGCCAAACGCGUUCAUGCUCUUCCGCGCGAACUUCGUUCGUCAAAAGCACGUCCCUGGAUCGAUCGAGACGAACCACGGAUCGCUAUCGAAGAUCAUCGGAAACUGCUGGCGCGCUCUUCCCCUCGACGAGAAGAAGUACUGGGAGCUCGAAGCGAAGCGGGAGAAGGCGGCCCACAGGGAGCGCUGGCCAACGUAUCGCUUCCGCCCCGUUCACAACAAGAAGAAAAAGGCAGGGACAGCAGCCACCAAGGCCACCGCCUCUGGCAGCACCAACGGCAGACGCAAGGACAAGCUUCCCACCCUCCCCGCGGAGGAGGAGCGUUGCGAGGCUGUUGCGCACUUCUUGCUCGAGGGCAAGAAGGGUGAGGAGCUCGCGGAGGCAGUGCGGCAGCUCGACAUGGCGCGCGCAAUGUCGCGUCCGGAGAGCGCCUCCUCCGACUUCGAUAUCAGCCCCUGGUCGCAGCCUAGUGCACCCGCGUAUCUGCAGCGCCGACCGUCAUCUGUUCCCCCGCCGUCCACGCUCUUCCACCCCGGACACCCGAUCACGCUGCCCACCAUUCCCUUCUUCGCCGCCCCGGCUCCGCAGAUGGCCUUCCCCGGAUCGAACCCUAUGUUCAACCCCGGUGGCUUCGCCGUGGGCUCGAACAGUGCGCACGGAUCCCGCGCCCCGUCGCCCGUCAGCAACAUCUCCCGCAACCGCGCGUACCUCGGUCUGCGCCGUGCAUCGAGCGUGCAGCCAGUCCCCUCCGAGCGUAUGUGGGACGACUACAACGGGUUCUCGGCGCAGCCGCAGUACGGCGCACCCGUUGCGAGCUGGCAGCUCCAGCCGGACGACGAGCCGCUCCCGGACGUGACGGACGCGAUCUUCCAGCCGGGCUGGACGAGCUCGUUCAAGGACGAGGCGCCGAGCGCCGACUACGCGCAGGUGGACCCGCGCGCGGCGUCGUACAGCCCGCACGAGCUCUCGCUCAACAUCGGCCCGCUCGACAGCUUCGACUUCGCGUCCGCCUCCGGGCCGUCGACCGCCACCGACGGGUACUCCGCGGGCGCGUACGAGUCGCUCGACCCGCACGCGCCGUGGCCGCUCGCCGAGAGCGGGCCGUCGAGUGCCUUCUCUGGCUCGCCCGCGCGCUCCGACGCCUCCCUCCCACACGUCGUGUCUUCGCAGACCUCGGGCAUCUGCGCGCCACAGCCGCAGCACGCGCAGAUGCAGUUCGACGCGUGGGCGUCGGCGGAGCAGGACGUCGCUUCCCAGCACCAGCCCGUCGAGCACACGCCUGUGCCCGAGGACGCGGAGCGCCAGUUCUCCGCGCUCGUGAUGGAGUUCGAGAAGAGCUACCAGGGCGGCGAUUACGAGAUGUACGGCGCGGUCGACACAACCGAGUUCGACAUGGCCCUCGACGCGAGCGCGGUCGAUUACGGCUUCUGCCACGCGCCGCAGGAGUUCUGAGCUCGUACCCUGAGCUCGCUUCCUGCCCCCCUCUAUUCCCCCACAGCAUAACCACAAUUGACUUUCCCUACUCAUCUGCUUACCCGAUCUGGUUUUUCUGCCUCUCGAUCUGUCUGUAGCAUUGUAUACCUCCUCGCCCCGCGCCGCGUCCCGGGUGCUAAUACCUCCCCCCUGUAGCCAUUAUACGCGCUGAUCCUGUUCCCGUCCCGCCUCCGCUUCGCUUCGCUCUGUUAUCCCGCGCUCGCCUCUCGUCACCCUGUGUAGCAAUAUUGCC